CCAAUGGGUUGCACAAGACCCAUCCAGACCUGUCGGGUGCAUGCUCUGUCCACCGUCGCACCCGCGGCUUGCCCGUCUCCCUGCUCGCAUUUCUUUCUCGUCUGCUGCAGGGCGACUAAAUUACCCAAUGCUGGUGACGGCCCGCGCGAUCCGCAGACGGGCAUGGUGGUUUGUUUUCUCUCCUGCCUACCUAUCCUUGUCACUUCUCUCAAUCUCCUCCUUCGCGUCUUCUUCUCUUCUUCGACGUUUAGGCUUGCGUCAAAGCCGUUGCGCUCUUUCUUUGCUUGGCUUUGAUCUAGUCUCACCACUUCCUUCAUCCCUGGCUACUCUUCUAUCGCCGCUGAAGACGACAUUCUCGGACGUGCAAUCGCGGGCAUUGAUUCCAUUCCCUCGUUGCUGCGAGGACCGUUUGCCGUGCUCGAUGAAGGUGCAGCUAUGAACUCCCCGGUGAGCGCACAGGAGCCGGAGCACGACAAUCAACACAACCACGAGCAGACCCCCGAACCAGACCAACCCGCGGAACCCCGUCGCCUCUCCGCCCCAUACCAAUACCACAAUGCCCCCGAAGUCGCCCCAGCCUACGGGCUGGAGUACGACGACACCAUCUACCCGGUCUCAGACAAAAUGACCAUUGUCCGAGAAUUCCCCUUCCGCCACCAUCUACUCGGCCACCGCUCGACGGCCGUCUCCUACGACAGCGACAACCGGCCGCCGCGCAUCAUCUGUGGAAUGAAGGUGUCUACUUUCCUCGUUGUUGCUUUCAUCAUCUUGUUGGUUGUUGUCGGCGCUGCUGUCGGCGGUGUAGUGGGUGGUAGGAAUUUGGGGCAGAGUGCUCCGUCAGGAAGCAGGACGUACGCGAGCCCCUCCCUCCUCCCUUCCACAAAAACCACAACAACCCCCCCAGCAACCCCAACCUACACCCCCCACCUACCAACCUACACCCCCCUCCCCGCCUGCCCAUCAGCAAACAACACCCUCUACACCGCCCCGCUCUCCACCCUCAACACCACCACCACCACCACAACCUCCCAAACCCCACACAUAGCAAACCAAACUUUCACCCUCCACUGCUCCCUCACCCCCCCGCAACCCUCCAAAAAACUCACAGGCGCAUACGUCUACACCCUCGCCGACUGCAUCGAUCUCUGCGCCGCGUACAAUUUCGCCGCUCUCGAUGCCGUCGGCAGUACGAGCACGCCGUCGUCGUCGUCGUCGUCGUCAUCGAACGAAACGUGCACUUUGGCUUUCUAUCAGCCUGCGGCGGCGAGGCCGGUGAAUUGCUGGAUUGCCGCUUCGCAGGCGCUGAUUGGGAGUUUGCAAGCCGGUGAGGAGGGGUUGGAGGUGGGGAUUUUGGUGGUGGGGGUUUGA